AGAGGAGCCCGAUGCAGAAAGGGGAUGGGGAGUCACAGUGGGCAGAGCUCUGCCUCACAGGGAAAGGGAGCCUAGGGCCAACUUGCCAAGCAAGACCAGGAAGCAGCCAAGAAGGGAAUCUAUGUUCAGACAGGUGCUCGGAUGGGGUGGGGAGCCCAGAGGCUUCCAUUUAUCAUAAUUAAUUGAGCUGGUGAGAGUUCCCAGUAAGUGGACAGGAAGAGACAUUAAUCAGAAUCAUAGUGCCUCAGGCCUAUGAUCCCCUCCCCCCCUCCCCACCACCCCUGGGCCCCUGGCCCCUGGCAGGGAGAUCAAACUGGGUGCCAAAGAGUCAAAGGUUAGCUGGAGGGACAAUUCAAGUUCAGGAAGUUUGGAGGAAAGUGGAAUUCGGUGGCCUCACCUCAGCCCCGUGGCAGCCAGAUCCAAGCAACCGACGGGGUAAUGAUAGAGCCCGCCCGGGAGCUCUGAUCUCUAGUCCCAACUCCCAUUACAACCCGAAAGCCAAUAACGUUGUGUCAACAAGACCGAGAGCCAGAGUCAAGCCCAGGGCCCUAUGACAGUGCUGGAGUCGUAGGUGCCAGGUUGGCAGGGUUUGAGAGGUCUUGUCCCCCCAUCCCCUCCAACUGACUCAAACUUCAUGGUCCUUGGCGAUUUACGAAUCCCAUCUCUAGGGUCUUCAGCAUCGCAGGUUGCUCUCAUGCCUUCUGAGUCCAUCGUGGAAGGCUGUAGCGGGCCUGUUAGAAGUUUUCUUCUCUAGACGCUCUGGUCUAUCGGGUCCCUAAAACGCUUUGUUCCUCUGAUUUCAUUCCCUGGCCCUGGUGACAGCUGAGUCAGAGACAGGCCACUUCCCCUGGGUUCCUAACGCCUCCCUUGGGGGCUACUCCUUGGCUGUAUCCCUAAGUCUCCUAGUAAGUCCAACCUCCCCACUCCUAGGGCGGGGAGUCCCGGGCUAGGCCGGAGGCCGGGGGAGGGGGUGGACUUUUGGCCCGUUUAUUCCCUCCAUCACAGUCAACAGCUGCAGAGCGGAGCCUGCUUGGCUCAUUCCUCUGACCUGCCAGGAAGCAGCAGAGCCUCCCAGAGACCGGGCAGAGGCGAUCAGACCUGACCUCCAGAAGACGGCAGACAAGGAUCGGAUCGCAGCCGGAAUAGCUGACCUAUUCCCUGCUCAGCCUUCCUCAACUUCUCUUUUGGGGCCUAAAGCCCCUAGAAUUCACCUGGAGGUGCCACCUCUAUCUCAAUCCCUGGGGCCCAAGCCCCCUUGGGGGACCUGCAUUCCAGCAUGUCGGUAGCUGUGGAGACCUUCGGCUUCUUCAUGUCAGCCCUGGGACUGCUGAUGCUGGGAGUGACCCUGGCCAACAGCUACUGGAGGGUGUCUACCGUGCAUGGGAACGUUAUCACCACCAACACCAUCUUUGAGAACCUAUGGUACAGCUGUGCCACCGACUCCCUGGGAGUCUCCAACUGCUGGGACUUUCCGUCCAUGCUGGCCCUCUCUGGCUAUGUCCAGGGCUGCCGAGCUCUCAUGAUCACCGCCAUCCUCCUGGGUUUCCUGGGCCUCUUUCUGGGCAUGGUGGGGCUCCGCUGCACCAACGUGGGCAACAUGGAUCUCUCCAGGAAGGCCAAGCUGCUGGCCAUUGCAGGGACCUUCCACAUCCUUGCUGGCACCUGUGGGAUGGUGGCUAUCUCGUGGUAUGCCGUCAACAUCACUACUGACUUCUUCAAUCCCUUAUAUGUUGGAACCAAGUAUGAACUGGGCCCCGCCCUCUACUUGGGCUGGAGCGCCUCCCUGCUGUCCAUCCUGGGUGGCAUCUGUGUCUUCUCCACCUGCUGCUGUGCCUCCAAGGAGGAGGACCCGGCCACCAGGGCUGGGCUUCCCUACAAGCCUUCUACAGUUGUGAUAGCCCGCGCCACCUCGAAUGAAAGUGACGUCAGCUUUGGUAAAUAUGGCAAAAAUGCCUACGUGUAGGAGCUCUGGCCUGGUGGGCACCGUUUCUUGUCCCACUGUCUCCAGGACCUGCGGGUGGACCAGUCUCCAGUUAAUAACCUCAGGACAGGCCAAAUUUCCAGGCCUUGCCCUAUGCCUGGAAGCCACGGCCCACUCUGGGCACACUUUAUCUGGCACUCCAGCCUCUCCCAAGAACAGAAGCUUUAGGGGCAAAUUACGUGGCCUCCUACGGCUGGACUCAAGGGGACGGAGGUGUCUGCGGCAUGUGACUCCAUAUAAAUAUGUGCAUAAAUAAAUGUAUAUUGUGAUUGUU